AUGGACGCCCCUAAUGAUGCUGUGCUGCACCACUCUUUGCCGCUGUUCAACCCAUCCCCACCCACCUUGUUCACCCUAUGUCUAGCCACCUUGCCGAGGUGGAGGAAUGCAUCUCCUCCAAGAAAACCGACCUCCCUGAAGAACCCGAGCAUGGACGCGCUGGAUGAUGUUGCGUUGCGUCUGGCCCAGCUGGCUCUCUCCUGCACCGUCGAGCGCACUGCAAGCCAGUCCAGCAUGGCAAACAUUGCCAACAAGCUGCAGGGAAUCAGGCACGAGGUGGUAGCGAAGGAGGAGCUCAGUGCAGCGAUCAAGGUGGACGAGGAAGCAACAGAGAUGGGAAUUGGGAUGUCUUUUGAG